AUGCAGUUGCGCGCGCUGCUGACGUCGCGCCGCCUAUCGACGACGUGCGCCCCGCGUCGUCGCUGCCGUCAACAGCCGCUGGCGUUCGUCACGUCCGACGCGAUCGACCGCCGCCUGCUGCGGGGCCUGACGGCCGCAGACGACGACGCGCGGCCCGUGAACCUCGUGCAGGACCACGAAAGUGCGCGUCGCGUGCUGGCGAUCAUUGCGUCGCUGGGGCCGCACCACUUCCACGCGUGCGACACGGAAGUCGCGCAGAUCGACGUCAAGGCCGUGGGCCCCGUGGGCAACGGCCGCGUCACGUGCCUCUCGCUCUACAGCGGCCCCGACGUGGACUACGGCAACGGGCCGUACGUCUGGGUCGACAAUCUCGACAGCGCCGACGGCACGUUGCAGUACUUUAAGGCCUUCUUGGAGAGCAAAAGGUACCAAAAGGUCUGGCACAACUACAGCUUUGACCGCCACGUGCUGUUUAACCACGGCAUUGACGUCCACGGCCUGGGCGGAGACACGAUGCACAUGGCGCGGCUCUGGAACACGGCGCGGUUCCGGCACGGCGGCUACUCGCUCGAGGCGCUGACAGAGGACUUGCUGCUGCAGCGGAAGAAGCCGAUGAAGGAGCUCUUUGGCAUCCCCAAGCUCAAGCAGGACGGGACGAAGGGGAAAGAGCGCAUCAUGCCGACCGUCGAGGAGCUCCAGCGGUUCCCCGAGUUCCGGAAGCGGUGGAUCCGCUACAGUGUGUACGACGCCGAGAGCACGUGGUUUCUGCACCGGGUGCUGCAGGACAAACUGGACCAGACGUUCUGGUUUGAAGAGCCAGCGACGGCCGAAGGAGAACACGGGCCGCAGGUUGGGUCGAUGUAUGACUUUUAUUGCCAGUACAUUAUUCCAUUUGGCGAGUGUCUGACCGACAUUGAACGCACGGGUAUGCACGUGGAUCUCGACUACCUCGCGCGUGUCGAGAAAGUGGCACUGGAAGACCGUGCGCAUCUUGAACGACUCGUGCUCAAAUGGGCGUCGCGAUACUGCGACGAGAGUGAACGUAUGAACAUCUUUAGUGCGGCACAGAAGCAGCAGUUGCUGUUUGCGCCGUAUUUUGACAAGAAGAAGAAGAAACUUGUGCUGGCAGCUGAGCGUGAGUUUGAAGUGGAGAACACGGAAGGUCACAUUGAAGAGGGGAAGCAGAAAGCAAAGAAAAAGCGCAAUAUCACUAUUCGUGGACUUGGUAUUCCGCCGACGCAUUUUACAGCAAGUGGACUCCCCGCAGCCAGUGCUGAAGUGUUGAAGGAACUCGCAGGCCAUCCGAAUGCCGAUCCUCCGACAUUUGGUCGGGCAUAUGACCAUUUUGAGGACAAGGAAGAAGGCGCAGCGGCUUGUGUGGCACUGAAGGCGCUUUAUGACAUCAGCAGUAUCAACACCAUGCUCAACAACUUCAUCCUACCGCUUCAGCAGCUCGCCGAUAGCAACAGCCGCGUGCACUGCUCGUUGAAUCUCAACACGGACACAGGGCGCUUAUCAUCACGAAAACCGAAUUUGCAAAACCAACCUGCGAUUGCUAAGGAUCGCUACAAGAUCCGCGAUGCAUUCACGGCUCCGCCAGGCAAGAAACUUAUCGUGGCCGAUUAUUCGCAGCUAGAGCUGCGGCUUAUGGCUCACAUCACUCAAUGCGAAGCUAUGAUUAUGGCGUUUAAGGCUGGAGGCGACUUCCACUCACGCACAGCAAUGGGAAUGUAUCCAUACGUGGCGGAGGCUAUAGAAAAGGGUGAGGCGCUUUUGGAAUGGGAUUAUUCUGGUGGCAAGGAGCCGCCUGCGCCAUUGCUAAAGGACAAGUUUGGCAACGAGCGUCAGAAUGCCAAGGUGCUCAAUUUUUCGAUAGCUUACGGCAAGACUGCCUUCGGUCUGUCAAAAGAUUUCAACGUUUCUCGCAAAGAGGCCGCGGAGACGUUGGAAAAAUGGUACGCGGACCGAGCGGAGGUGCGCGAUUGGCAGAAGCACGCAAUCCACACCGCUCGAACAUACGGCUACACCCGCACCCUGCUUGGGCGGUAUCGUCGGCUUCCCGACGCAAUGCUGACUGACGACAGCAUAGCAUCGAAAAAGUCUCGAGGUCAUGCAGAGCGUGCUGCCAUCAACACUCCGAUCCAGGGUGCGGCAGCCGACGUCGUGAUGCAGGCAAUGCUUCUUGUGCAUCAGAACUCGAGGCUACGCGAGCUUGGUUGGAAGAUGGUGUCUCAAAUCCACGAUGAGAUCAUCGUAGAGGGACCUGAGGAGUCCGUAGAUGAAGCGAUGAAAAUUGUUGUGCAUUUGAUGGAGAACCCUUUCGAAAAGCCUCUGUCUGUAGACCUUCAAGUGGAUGCCAAGGUCGAUGAUUCCUGGUUCAAGGCCAAGUAG